CCCAAACACCAAGAAUGUAAAUUCAUCUGUAUCGAGUUUAGGGCAUCAUUUCAAUAUAACCAUACCCAUGAAUGCAACUGCUCGAAUAUCUGAGAAAAAUGUGUCAACUUGUUAUUUUCAACCGGAUAGUAAAAAAACAUUGCAUACCAAUCUCUUCAGUUUAAUUCAAAAAUUAAUUAUUUUUCGAUCAAACACAAAAGUGUCUUCAGGUAUACAACGGAUAUUGAUAAACUCAUGCGGCUCUCCUAUGUGGGGUUAUUGCGAAGAUACUCAACAGUUCUACAGGAAUAUGCUUAAUUUCUUUGCUACAUUACGCCUGCUAAUUCAAAACAGUCACUGUACAGUUUUUGUCACGUUACCUACAAUGAAGCUACCGCCUGGUCUAUUGACUCGUCUAUCUCAUUACUGUGAUUAUAUGUUUCGAGUACAAGGACUGCGUGACCAGAUACAGGCGAAUCCAGUGUAUUCAGAAUAUGAUGGUCUACUCACAGUUCUUCAUAUUCCUUGGUUAAUCAGUGGGAAUACACUUGAACCGGCUUUCAGAUCAUCUACACUUGAAUGGUGUUUCAAGAUAAAACGGCAUCAGCUAGUUGUGCAGCAUUUCCACUUACCACCUUCUCUAUCCGAUACAGUAAAUAGAUCCAAUACACCGGAAGCAGUUUUCACAUGUUCCAAAUUGCACGAAAAUCAGUUAGAAUUUUGA